AAAUAGGAAUGUUAUUAUUCUAGGACGGAUAUAGUACAUGUUUCAUUCUAUUAGAAUCUUCUAGAUAUCAACCCUUUGUUGUUUACCUCGUUUCUUGUUUUCAUAGGUCUUCUCUGCCGUUUUUAUGGCUUAUAAUCUCUUUACAUGAUUUCUUAUUUAUGGAAAUUUUGAUCUAUAUUGUACAUGUCAAUCUUAGGUUGAUUUCUCCAUUGAAAUUUCCCAUGCAUUGGGAGCUAAACCAGUGAACAACCAUUUUUUGUUAUAAAACAGACAAGUACAUCUAUUGCCGGAAGGGACAUUAUUUAAAAACUACGCUCUUAAAAUUCCUGAUGGUUUGUUUUCUUUGGAUUCAUAAAGGUUCUUGUUUUAUUUUGACCUGUGCAGUUUUCAGUACUGAACCUCUUGCUUGUGAUCCAUCAACGCUUCCAAAAUAUCCACCAACCAAGGAGAUGGAUGCCAAACGACGUGGUGACGAAGCACGAAGGACGGAUAUUGUUUCAGCGAUGCAUGGUGACAAAUCCGCUAACUUAAGUGUGGUUGGAAAAUGCCUAGAGAAGGUUUUAGAGGAGUCUCAUUUUGCGAAUAAGUUUGUGCUACCAUAUAAGGAAGUCCAUGAAGACUCCAGUAACACUUUUUUUGGGAUGGGUCCUUACAUGGAUUUCCCCUAUAGAAUAUUAUAACCGUAAGGUCUAGAUGUUGGUGCUCCGGUAUAUCUUUCCGGCUUCGAUACCAUAUUUUUGUUCUUUUGAUAAUUUCUGUAACUUUUAACAUUCUGGAAUUUUGUUUAAAUUGAAUGUCACUAUAUUUGCA